AUGUGGCGUCCUACGUUUACCAUAUUACGUAAAGUUAUUUUUCCCUCGAUUAAAGAAAAUGUCAGAUUGUCUAAGCUCUUGUAUUCAACUAAGAGCCGAUUACCCCGGUCGACGGCAAAAUUGACCCUCAUUAGUGCAAGUGUCGGUAUUUUAGUUGGAGCCGGAUAUGGAGGUUAUACCCAUUAUAAAAUAAACUCAAAAAAAUCUCUUGUUCCUACGGAAACGGAAGAACACGCGUUUUUGAAAGAAGCUCCAAAAUAUCAUGCUCAACGCAAGAUUGUUAAUGAGUCUGAUAAAAGCAAUCUGCAAUUAGUGCUGUUCCAGUAUCAAACUUGUCCAUUUUGUUGUAAAGUUAGAGCAUACUUGGAUACUCGUGGUAUUAGCUAUGAGAUAGUUGAAGUGGAUGCAGUCCUUCGACAAGCAAUAAAAUGGUCAGGAUAUAAAAAAGUACCAAUAUUACUUGCCAAAGUGGAUGGAGGUUAUCAGCAACUAGUGGACAGUACAGCAAUAUUGUCGAUUCUUGAAACAUAUUUGAGAGAUAAAUCAUAUGAAUUAAGUGAUAUUAUUAAGUUUUAUCCAUUGACAAGAUAUGUCACUGAUGCUGGCAAGAGUACUUUGGAUGUGACUAACAAAUAUUUUGUCAUGAGCAGCAGUGUUGUACCAGAUGAAAAGCAACGUGCUAUUGAAGCAGAAGAACGUGAAUGGCGACAAUGGGCAGAUCGAGUUCUUGUUCACACUUUGUCACCCAAUGUAUAUAGGACGGCUAGUGAGUCACUAGAAACCUUCAAAUGGUUUGAAGAAGUCGGUGGAUGGAAGCAGUCAUUCCCUAGUUGGGAAUGUGUUUUAAUGGUUUACGUUGGUGCUGCUGCUAUGUGGAUUAUUGCUAAGAGAUUAAAAACCAGACACAACAUUAAAGACGACGUCCGACAGUCACUGUAUGAUGCUGCCAAUGAUUGGAUGAAUGCAAUCAGUAAGAAAGGCACACCAUUUUUAGGGGGCAAAAAACCAAAUCUUGCCGAUAUAUCCGUAUACGGUAUAUUGAGUAGUAUAGAGGGGUGUAAAGCUUUUCAAGAUUUGAAAGAUAAUACGGACAUAAGCAAAUGGUUCGAUAACAUGAAACAAAGUAUGCAAGAGAGCCGUGGAAGAAUGUUGGCAGUA